CUAAAAAAGAGUAAAACUACAUUCUGUGUAUGAUCAAAUUUGUUGUAAGUGAUGACUAGCUUUCGGGAAAUGCGAUUUGAUGAUUUGUUCAAAAUUAACUCCUUAGUUUUCGAUGCUCUCACCGAGGUCUACAGCCUGACCUUCUUUGUGAAGCACCUCUCGCAGUUUCCAGGACUUUCCCAGGUGGCCGAAGCUCCAGGUCCUGAUGGCAGACCCAUGGGCUACAUAUUCGGCCAGUAUCAGGUCAAGAAAACCCAGGAACCCUAUGGUCAUGUGGCAGCACUGACUGUGUCACCCGAGUAUCGACGCCUUGGACUGGCCACAGCUCUCAUGGAUUACUUCUUUAUGGUCUCAGACCUCAAAGGAGCUUCCUACGUCAACCUCUUUAUGCGAACCAGCAAUCAGGCUGCCUAUCAGUUGUACACCUCCAUGGGCUAUGCUCAUCGGCAAACAUUCGCGGACUAUUAUCCGGAUGACCCGAUGCCGGAAAGUGCCUACGAAUUGAGAAAGUACGUUCGCCGCCCUAUGGAGGUUCAAUAGGGCGCCUUCAGAAUAAAUUAAAAGUUUUUUUUGGAUUGCAAAGCUAAUUAAAGAACAUCCAUUGAGGUGGAUUUUUUGAAAGGAAGAUCAAUUUCCGUUGACGCACAGAGCCGAACUAUAGGUCGAAAUAGAGAAAAAUGUUAAGUAGGG